CAAGCCGAGAGGGCAUUCCUUACUUACAACUCAUGUGUUUAUUCUUGCACAAAUCCUUAUUGGUGGAAUAAAGUCCUCCUGGAUGUGUUUGGUGUUUAUUUAUUUUUGUUUAUGUAUUUAUUUUUUCUGUUUGUUUGUUGUGGGUUGCUGAUUGGCUCUGCUGGAGAUGUUGUUUUAUGUGUGGGGUGUCCGGCACUUUGUGUUUGCAGAGAGCAUUGCUACCAACAACUAAAACGUGUGGCUCCUUUGUGUAUACCAGCUGCUGCCGAUCCAUGCAUAGAUUGUCUCUGCAAUUUUUUUUAAAAAGAGCUCCACUCUCCCCCCCCCCCCUACACUUACACCCCUUGGACUUUAUAUCUCUCUCUCUCUUACAACCUGCAUUUUUUGAACAUCAACAAUCUGCUCUUUUAAAAUUCCCAUCACACAACUUCCAUCUAUCUCCACCUGAGACUGCAAAACCAUUUGAAUACGUAUGAUUCUUUUUUUAAAGACUGGACAACUUAACAACAUAAGGCAAGAUUCCCCAUAACUAACCAUGGAUGUAAGAUUUUAUCCAGCAGCUGCUGGCAAUGCUCUGAGCGGAGACCCUCCUAGCCUGGACUUUGCCCAAUGUUUAGACUACUACAGCUACAAGUUUGGGAAUAAUAAUAACUACAUGAAUAUGGCUGAAGCUAAUAAUGCAUUUCUUGCUGCAAAUGAGAAGCAGACGUGGACUGAGGAAUGCUUUAAGACCUUCCACACACCAAGUCUUGGAGAUGAAGAAUUUGAGAUCCCUCCUAUCACUCCACCUCCAGAAACAGACCCUUCACUUGGCAUGAGUGAUGUCCUCCUGCCCUUCCAAAUGAUGGGGGAAGCAUUGGCUGCUCAAGGAAAUGAAUUUACACCACAAUUUCCUCCUCAGAGUCUUGAGCUUCCAUCUAUCACAAUAUCAAGAAAUCUAAUGGAACAGGAAGGUGUUCUACACAACAAUGGGCUGACAAUGGACCAAAGACAUGCCCAGAUGUCCCAAUAUCGUCAGGAUCACUCGUUAAUUAUGAGGUCACUGGUUCACAUGACAGAUGUAGCACGAGCAGGAAUAAUGUCACCCAGUCAACUAACUACUAUUAACCAGUCCCAGCUCAGUGCACAGUUAGGACUCAACAUUGGUGGUCCUGCCAUUCCUCAUACCUCUCCUUCUCCUCCUGCAAGCAAAUCAGCAACACCAUCUCCAUCCAGUUCUGUCAAUGAAGAAGAUGCUGAUGAAACAAAUAGGGUUAUUGGAGAGAAAAGAGCAGCCCCAGACUCUGGAAAGAAACCCAAAACUCCAAAGAAGAAGAAAAAGAAAGAUCCAAAUGAACCACAGAAGCCAGUCUCUGCAUAUGCACUGUUUUUUAGAGAUACACAGGCAGCAAUCAAAGGGCAGAAUCCUAAUGCUACCUUUGGAGAAGUUUCCAAAAUUGUGGCUUCUAUGUGGGAUGGUUUAGGAGAAGAGCAAAAACAGGUUUAUAAAAGAAAAACCGAAGCUGCCAAAAAGGAGUAUUUAAAAGCUCUUGCUGCCUACAGAGCAAGUCUUGUUUCGAAGGCUGCAGCAGAAUCGGCUGAAGCACAAACAAUACGCACAGUUCAGCAAACACUGGCAUCUACCAAUCUUUCCUCUUCUUUGCUGCUGAAUUCCUCCCUUUCCCAACAUGCAUCAAUGGCUGCACAAAAUAUGCAGUCAAUCCCACGGGCAAUAGCACCUAAACCUCUAACAAUGAGGUUACCUUCUAGCCAAAUUGUGGCUUCUGUUACCAUUGCACCAAAUAUGCCAUCCACCAUGGGAACUCCAUUGAUGAGCAGCAUGGGUGCACCAAUGGUUGCCAGUCCUCCUUCUUCUCAAGUAAGCCCAUCUUUACAGAACCAGCAACAUCAUAUUCAGCAGCUGCAACAGCAACAGCUUCAACAAAUGCAGCAACAACAACUCCACCAGCAUCAAAUGCAUCAACAGAUCCAACAACAGAUGCAGCAGCAACAUUUUCAGCAUCAUAUGCAGCAGCAGCUACAGCAGCAACAGCAGCAGCAGCUACAGCAGCAAAUGCAGCAACAGCUGCAGCACAUACAUCUGCAGCAGAUGCAGCAGCAGCAGCAACAGCAACAGCAACAGCAGAUGCAACAUAUGCAGCACCAAUCGCAAAUGUCUCCCCAGCAGCCUUCUCCUGCCCCUUCCCAGUCUGGGGUGCCUUCCCAGAUAGCUUCACCCAUCCCACACAUUGGUAGCCCUCCCCCAGCACCUCAACAUCAUCAGCCUCUGAUACAAUCACAGGCACAGACUCAAGUGUUGUCUCAAGUCAGUAUUUUCUGAUAAACCAGUGUUCUGGAUAUGUUCAUCUCUUUAAGGGAAGGUGCGUACAGUGUAAAUUAUACUUGCAGGUUAUGCAAAGGUGCAUAAUGAACAAAAUUAUUCUCUUAAAUGUCUAUUAGAUAGGCAAUAAAGAACUUUAAUGUAACUGUGUAUCAUAUUUAGCAUCCUAUAAUUCAGCUCUCUACAAAGUAAAGAAAGCUGCCUCUUUUCUUGUGAUGCCUUUUUAAUUUAUUGAAGAUUUUCCUAAAUAUGUGAAUUAUGUGGUCUGAAUAUAUUAAACCAGAAAUUCACUAUAAACUGCAAGGCUUCUACUAUGAGUUGAAGCUCUCUGUGCAUUCUCUGGAGAACCACGUGCAUUGCAAAGUAUUUGAGACUCACAAAGACUUCAUCGCAGUUGUAACUACCUGUAAUGUAAAAAUGUCACAAUCAUGCAAGUGCAUUUGUACAACAUACAUAAUUUAAUGGCAAUUUUUUGUCAUUUAAAUAUGUAAAUCACAGAUGUUUGCCAAAGUUCUUUUUAAUUAUUUUAUUUUUGUCUAUGCUACAAAAAUCAAUUGCAAAUCUCAUUAGCAACCAAAUUUUUUUUUCUUUUCUUUUUUUUCUUUUACAUUUCACUGUACCAAUGUGUUGAUAGGUUACUUGUUCCAACAUGUUCAUUUUAAAAAAAAAUGUUUGGGUAUUAUGUGUAGGCGUAACCCUCAUCUUAAUAAAACAAUGUAUUUUUCAAAAGGAAAUGCACUUAUUAAAUGGUUAUUACAUGAGCUAAAAAUACCUAAUGCUAAAAAUACUGUACUACCAGUAGAAUAUUUAAAAAAGGAAACCCUAUGUGAGUUGUAUAUAUUUUCUUUUCAGGUUGUAAGUUUUAUGAUAAUUUGAUGUAAAUUGUUUCAUAAACAAGGCUUUAAUGUAACACUGGUUACAGAAACCAUUACUUGCUACAUUGCUUAUUGUGUUUUUAUGCUGUUUUAUACUUUUUUAUGAGUUCUGAUAGCAGCAGUUAAGUUGUUUGUAUUUUGCUUAACUGAAAAAAAAUAAUUUUAUCUUGCGAUAGAAUAAACACAUUUCUGUAAA